GGGAGCCGCAGUCGCCGCCGCCACUCCCGCUCUCUCUGCGCCGCCGCCACUGCCGCCGCCGCCGCCGCUAGAGUCUGCAGCCCCGAGGAGAUCCCAGCCAUCAUGUCGAUAGAGAAGAUCUGGGCACGGGAGAUCUUGGACUCCCGUGGAAACCCCACGGUGGAGGUGGAUCUCUACACUGCCAGAGGUCUUUUCAGGGCUGCGGUACCCAGUGGAGCCUCCACUGGGAUCUAUGAGGCCUUGGAGCUAAGGGAUGGGGACAAACAGCGUUACUUAGGCAAAGGUGUCCUGAAGGCAGUGGACCACAUCAACACCACCAUCGCGCCAGCCCUCAUCAGCUCAGGUCUCUCCGUAGUGGAGCAGGAGAAGCUGGACAACCUGAUGUUGGAGUUGGAUGGGACUGAGAACAAGUCCAAGUUUGGGGCCAAUGCCAUCCUGGGUGUGUCCCUGGCCGUGUGUAAGGCAGGGGCAGCUGAGCGGGAAUUGCCCCUAUAUCGCCACAUUGCUCAGCUGGCUGGGAACUCAGACCUCAUCCUGCCUGUGCCGGCCUUCAAUGUGAUCAAUGGUGGCUCUCAUGCUGGCAACAAGCUGGCCAUGCAGGAGUUUAUGAUCCUUCCAGUGGGUGCCGAGAGCUUUCGUGAUGCCAUGCGACUUGGCGCGGAGGUCUACCACACCCUAAAAGGGGUCAUCAAGGACAAGUACGGCAAGGAUGCCACCAAUGUGGGAGAUGAGGGUGGCUUUGCCCCCAAUAUCCUGGAGAACAGUGAAGCCUUGGAACUGGUGAAGGAAGCCAUUGACAAGGCUGGCUACACGGAAAAGAUCGUCAUCGGCAUGGAUGUCGCCGCCUCAGAGUUCUAUCGCGACGGCAAAUAUGACUUGGAUUUCAAGUCUCCUGCUGACCCUUCCCGCUACAUCACUGGGGACCAGCUGGGGUCCCUCUACCAGGACUUUGUCAGGGACUAUCCUGUGGUCUCCAUUGAGGACCCCUUCGACCAGGAUGAUUGGGCCGCCUGGUCAAAGUUCACAGCCAAUGUAGGCAUACAGAUUGUGGGCGAUGACCUGACAGUGACCAAUCCGAAGCGGAUCGAGCGGGCAGUGGAAGAAAAGGCCUGCAACUGCCUGCUGCUCAAGGUCAACCAGAUCGGUUCGGUCACUGAAGCCAUCCAAGCGUGCAAGCUGGCCCAGGAGAAUGGCUGGGGGGUCAUGGUGAGCCAUCGCUCAGGAGAGACUGAGGACACGUUCAUCGCGGACCUGGUGGUGGGGCUGUGCACAGGUCAGAUCAAGACUGGUGCCCCGUGCCGUUCUGAGCGUCUGGCUAAGUACAACCAGCUCAUGAGAAUUGAGGAAGAGCUGGGAGAUGAAGCUCGCUUCGCAGGACACAAUUUCCGCAAUCCCAGUGUGCUGUGAGCCCUCUACUUGCCUGGAGACUUGGACCGCCCCCCCCCCCCCCCCCACC